UUUUGGUCUUUAACCAAAAUUAGAAGGGCGAAAUCCGGAUUACCAUCUAGUGCUAACAAAUUGCAUAUACAAAAUUACAUUACUGCCCACUCCCCCUAACACUUAUAACUCCUCUAAUCCGCUUCUUCACUCCAUUAGCCAUCUCUUCCCUUCCAGCCCGGCCAGGAAAUAUCUAUAGGAAGGAAGAAAAAGAAAUGGGUGUUUUAUGCUUAGCCUACAUUUCCAUUCUUAUCUACCCACUCUUACGAUCAGCUCAAGCUAAACACCCAGGCGUUUACACCGGCGGCGCGUGGCACUCAGCUCACGCCACCUUCUACGGAGGCAGCGACGCCUCCGGCACCAUGGGCGGCGCGUGCGGGUACGGAGACCUCUACAGCCAAGGCUACGGAGUGAACAAUGGAGCUUUGAGCACCGCCCUCUUCAACGACGGCCUCAGCUGCGGGGCCUGCUUCGAGAUCAAGUGCGCCGACGAUCAAUCUUGUGUUCCCGGCAACCCGUCGAUCUUUAUUACGGCGACCAAUUUCUGCCCCCCAAACAAUGAUCUGCCCAGCGACAACGGUGGCUGGUGCAACCCUCCGCGGCCUCAUUUCGACCUCUCCAUGCCCAUGUUCCUCAAGAUUGCCGAGUACCGCGCCGGAAUCGUCCCCAUCACUUACCGCCGAGUAGCAUGCCGGAAGAAGGGGGGAAUACGGUUCACGAUUAACGGCCACCAAUUCUUCAACCUGGUUCUGAUCACCAACGUGGGAGGCGCAGGGGAUAUUGUGAGGGUGAGGGUGAAAGGGUCAAAGACCGAUUGGAUAGAGAUGAGCAGGAACUGGGGGCAAAACUGGCAAACUAACGCCGUUUUGAGCGGGCAGUCGUUAUCUUUCCGGGUAAAGGCCAGCGACCGGCGGUCAUCCACCUCCUGGAACAUCGUCCCAAAGGGAUGGGAGUUUGGCCAAACGUUCGUCGGGAAAAACUUUCGAGUGUGAAUCACGUCUUUCCAGAUGUCUAAUUUUGGUCAACUUUUCCUUUUUCGGCUAUGUUUGGCAUAUAAAAGCUGAUAACUUCUGACUUAUCUAUUAUUGAAAAAACUUCUAAAAGACUCGAAUUUUGUGUUUGGCAUGUUAACUUUUUUGAGAAGAUCAGGACUUUUACGUGACGCUACGCAAGGAAGCGUCUCACAAAAAGACCUUUUCAUUAUUUACGACAUUCCUUGUAUAACCCUCCACUUCCUCUCUUUCAUCUUCUCCAACUUUGCUAUCAACGUCAAUAUCCCCC